AAGCUACAGAAGUCGUUUUCAUUAUUUUAUUUCUUUCUUUCUUGUUUUUUAUUUAUUUUUAUUCUGUCGACAAACAAGUACAAUAGGGAAAGUGUUAGCUUUGACGACAUUCAAUGAAUGAAGACUAUAGCAAAAGCAUAGAUGCCGCUUUAAAGCAUCUCAGUGUUGACGAGGGCACGUCUGCUAUUCUGGAACCAAGGGGAUCACCUUUAUCCGACUCUUUUCAAAUAACUCGCAAAUACAUAGAAGCAGAUAUGAGUGAUUUUAAUUUCCCAUUACGUAAACAGUGCUCUACUUCCUUUUUACGGCCAUUGUCCUCUUCUUCUCAGCCCAACCUUGUGGCAAAGGAUGAUGCUCACCUCUUCACAAAUACUCCUUCUCCUUCCGUCUCGCAUUCUCCACCAAAAAGAGUCAGCAUGCUUGGCCAAGAUAUUACCGAAAAUGACGAAAAAUACAUGAAAAUGGAUCCAGCUGAUCUACUCCACUUUCGAAAAUGGAUGGUUGGAUUUUGCAUUGUUAACUUUGAUCUGGAAAUUGGACAAGCCUUGGACUAUGUCUAUCCUCCAAUGGAUCUAAGCCUAGAAGAGCAAAAAAAUAUCUGCUUUUCUGCAUUUCCAGAUUCCAAUGUUUUCGAAGUAGGAGAUCAAAUCUUUAGUAUUCGCGUUAAGGCUAGCACAUCUAAGUUUGCAGUUUCAGGACCAACGGCUGAGGCGGGAUUUCUUUAUGGAUAUAUAUUUUUUAGACAAAAAAAGGAUUCUAGUAUCAGACGUGGAUAUUUUCAGAAAUCUCUCGUCCUGCUUUCACAACAUCCUUUUGUGGGGUUAUUUUCAAGAAUUGUGUCCAUAUUAGGACCAGCCUUUUUUGAUACAGGUCAGCCUAUGCUAGAAGCCGCUUGUAUGAAUAUUGCACAAUGGGGCUCACCAGAAGACGGAAAGGCACUCGAACUCCCAUUUAUGGGACGAAUAUUACAAGUUGAACUACCCACCUCACUAAAGCCACAGCUACUGGAAACUACGCCGUUUGAUAUGAACAGGUUACAGCCUGAUUUGCAGAUCAUGGCAUCGCUUCCUGUAGGCGGAUUAUAUUACCACUUUAAAGAUAUUUUGAAAGAUUUGUGGCUACUGUGGGAGUUGAUGUUGCUGGCAGAACCUAUCGUCGUUAUUGCUACUGAGCCUAGUGUCUGUAGUGAAGCUGUUGUAUCCUUAGUAGAUAUCAUUAAUCCCAUUCCUUAUUGUGGAGACUAUAGACCUUACUUUACCAUACAAGAUUCUGAUUUCAAGUGCUUUGUUAACAAGAAUAAGCCUCUGUCAAGCCUUGUUAUCGGCGUAACCAACCCCUUUUUUAACACCGCAGUUGAACAUUGGCCAAACAUUGUUAGAGUUGGACGUCAGCAACUGAGGAAACCAGAUGGUACACUUAAACCUCAUACGACUAAACCAGGGCUUGGUUCUAAAUCUAACGUACUCUACAACUUCGUUCAGGGUGUCACAUCAAAAAGAAAAGCGGUUAUUUCUAAAGAUAGAACACUUAUCAAGAUGCUGACUGAAGCAUCUGUCAGAGGAUAUCCACCUGAUUGGGUGUUAAAUAACAUACUAAGAAGGCAUUUUGUGGAUCUGACAGAAAAGUUUCUUGUGCCUUUAAAUAGAUAUUUUAGUACAUUAAUUCCUGUCAACAUAUCAAGCAAUGAACCUCUGAGGUUAAGGCCAUUUCAAACAGAUCAAUUCAUGAAAUCACUAAAAGCGCAUGGGCCACAGCUACCUUUCAAAUCAACCUUUAAAACUCGCACAUCAACCAUAGAUCCAACCAAGGAACUUUAUUCACAGUUUUUAAAGUGCGGUAAUUUUGCUACUUGGCUACAACAAAGAACAGCAAAGGCAGAGAUAGAAAUGAAUAAAAUGAAAAGAAUAUAGCGUGUGUAUAUUCCCCUAGACUACUGUUGCUAUAACUACGACGGUAACAACUACUACUUACUUGAUGUAUAAUGAUUGUAAAUACCCUUAUUAUAUAAAUAAUUCUAUAAAAAAAAAAGAAAGAAAUAUAAAACUAUGCACAAAAGCCUUUGAUCUUUUAGGAGGGUUUGAUCGGGAUUACUGCGAUGAUAGAACAAUGUAUUACCAUGUCAUGCAUAUAUCAUACAUGUUGCUUUAAGAUUUAUUUCAUUUGUAAUAAACAGCCUAGUAAAUUUCAAAUCCUUUGAAUGAUUUUACUAUCACUGGCGAUACUCGAGUUCCAAGCUUCAGAAAAUUUCCUAUUAAAAAAGCCAUUAUACGAUGAAGUCGCUGAUCUACACGUCAAAUAUGCUAAUUCCGAAUAAUUAUCACUGGUGCAGACUAAGAG